AACCCCUGCUUAAACCCUUAUUAUCCCCCUUUUCUUCUUCAACUUUCUUUCCCGCCACCUCCAACCGCUCUUCAAUGGAGAACCACCGCCACCAACGCUUUCCUCCACCACAACCACCGCAACCUCAAUCUCAACUUCAACAUCAGCAGUUCGACCCCAAUCUCCUUCUCCUCCAAAGCAGCAUGGGUUUAUACAAUCCCAAUCAAAACCCCUACUUUCAGAACCCUAAUUUAUCAUUACAAAAUCCCAACUUGUUUAAUAAUAAUUUCCCAAUUCAGAACAACCCCCUCCAGUAUCAUAAUAAUCAGGGUGCUUUUCCCAUGGGAUUUCACCCCAAUAAUCCCAAUUUAUCAUCCCCUGCACCGCCGACCACCACUACCACCAUUAACAACAACAAUCCUAGCCCUAGCAAUUCUUUUCAGAAUCAACUACGAAAGAGCGAGGCGAUUAACAUUCGGCCUAAUCCCAAAUUUCCAGUUCAGCGGAAAAAUGAUUCCAUUGGUGGUGAUCGUAAGGAAACCUUUGAUAAGAUUGAGACCGCAGUUGCCAGUGCACGCCGUCAAAUCGUUGAAGCGGGAGAGCAUGUUUCCGUUUGGAAGCUAUCACAAUGCGCACUGGUUAAGCUGCAAGCUGACUCUUGGGAUUCCUUAGGAUUUCAGCUCCAUGAAGUUCCUUCCCUCCACCAACUUAUUCUUAUCGAAGCAAAGGUCAAUGCCUUUAUUCGAUGUCAUGUAGCGGUGUUGAAGAUUACUUCUUUGUUUGAUUUACAAGAGGCCAUAUGCAAGAAUGAGGGUAUUGAGAAGUUUGAAGAGCUUGAGUUGGGCCCUUUUUUACGACACCCCCUUGUUGUGCACUAUUUUUCUUUAAGUAAAGAUGUACAGGAAGUAUACAAGAUAACAAGCGAGGAAGUUGUUUCUUAUCUUUUUUUGUUUUUCUGUAAGAAAAAGAAGGUUGUGAUCGAGGAGUUCCUGGAUUAUGUUGCAAAGAAAUCUAAGGUGACGAACCCCAGGGUACUUGGUUUGCGGAUCCAGAGUUUGGGAUUGCACAUUGGUUUUCUACACAAGGCCAGAAAUGCUCAAAAUCAUGUCUUGGGGAAGUGUAUGGAGGCAGUGAAAGAAAAAAGAGAUAAGCCAAGAAAAAAAAGGCCACUUUUCUCUUUGCAGAAAGAAGAGCUUGAUAAUCGUUUCAGUGCCAUAAGUGAGCGUGUUACAUCCUUUGCUUCUGUGAACAAGGAGUUCCGUGUGCAGCACAUACGAUUUGUUUCAUCUAGUUCUGAUGAGGAUGAGGAUAUGACAGAUAGCUCUGAUAGUGAAAAAGUAGGGAAUGACAGUUUAAAGAGUAACCAGAGUCAGUCCUCCUCAGUAAAAAGGAAAAAUGGAGACAGGGUGAGUAGCUGUCCUUACCCAUCUGUAGCUGAAGAGAGGACACGGCUGGGUUUGAAAGAAGAAAUUGAUGAACCUUCUUCUCCAUGUACUCAGGGCUUAAAAAGCAAUCAGAAAAGUGAGCUACCAAAAAAGAAAAGAAAAUUGAAAACUCGGAGUCAUGGGAAGGCAGUUGAACAGGGUUCCUUCUUACUCUCUCGAAGCACUGAGCUAGAGGAGGAAAUUAAUUCAAACAAUGCUGAUGCCAAUGAUUCUAUUAGGAUGUUCAUCACAACCUGGAAGGAGGCGUGCCGGGGACACACAGCAAUAGAGGUUUUGGAAAAAAUGCUGGAAUUCUGUAAGAUGAAAAGUGGACAAAGAAAAAAGAUAAGACAAGCAUUCUCAGCUUACCCUCUUGUAGGAUUGCUAAAUGUUGCGGUAACAUCUGUUAGAAAGGGGAUGUGGGAUAGCAUGUAUGAUACAUUUCAAUUCAUGGGUGAAUUGGGACAGGAAGACACUCAAGCGAACGAGCUAACGGAGUAUGAAAGCAUUGAUAUUGAACCUAUUGAGAAGGAUCUCGGCAGUCUCAAUAGGGAUACGUCAAAUACUGCCCCAUGUGUUAAUUUGGAGGAUAUCGUCCGAAAAGCCUCAGAUUAUCUUGCUGAAAGCACUGUGUUAUCUGGUGGAAGUUCUCUUGUGGAUAGGUUACUCAUGUUCGUAAAAAAACUUUCCAGUUGUGAAGUUUGGUUGACUGAGAAAUUUUCAGUUAAAGAAUUUAAGUUGCUUGGUCAUGGAGAUUUUUUUUCGUUCUUGGAAAGAAAUUCCUCUUUACUCCCUAAAGAGUUUCUGAAUUUUGUAAGAGGGGAGGUACAUGAACACCAGUUAUUGGAGGUAAGCAUGAUACAGAAACAACUGGUUAUGUUAUUGUCUCAAGCUGCAAGCAGCCUCUGGGAGGAAGGCGUUGUAACCAAGGAAAAAAUAUCUGAACUGCUUAUGCGGCAAUUUCCUUUCAUCAGUUUCAGAAUUAUUGAAAGUGGUAGUACCCAAGAGCUCCUAGAGUUAGUAGGGAAGCAUGGAGACAGUGCUUCAUUCAAUUGUGUUAUUUUCUCUGCAACACUGCCGGGCACCUCUAAGUAUGUUGAUUCCGCUGGUGCUGAUGUAGCUGACAAUUCUGGGUUGAUAGCAGACAUGGAAAGUAUUGAUGGUAAUUUUGGAUCAGUUACAUCAAGGGAUGCCAUUAACAUUUUACUUAAAACACCAUUUUUGACAGAUCUAAACUCGUGGGUGCAUUGGGAUCAUGUAUAUGCUCCUUCACUUGGGCCUCUUCUGGAUUGGCUUCAGACAGAGGUAAAUGUGGAAGGCUUAUUAUGUCUUUUGACGAGAGAUGGUAAAGUUAUUCGGAUUGACCAUUUAGCUUCUGGGGACCUGUUCUUUCAAGCUUUACUUCGAGAAUCUUCUUUUGAAGUAGCAGUGCAGCUUCUGUCGUUGUUUGUGCUGUCUGGUGGGAAAAGACAUGUACCCUUGUCCCUUUUAAAGUGCCAUGCACGACAAGGAUUUGAAGUUGUUAUGGCAGAUUUUGUGCAAAACGUGGAUGUUAGUGAUGGCAGGAGGAGUGAGAAAAUACUGAGUGAGAAUGAGGCCGUGAAUUCAAGUAUGAAUCUUGUCAAGAAUUUUGGUGGGAUGAAAAAUGCUGUUCACCUUGCGUCAAGAAUUGUUAUUGAUUGUCUAGUUUUCCUGCCUUCAGAAUUUCGCUGUUUUGCAGCUGAUGUGUUACUUUCUGGAAUGCAGUCUUUGGUAAAAGAUGUUGCUUCAGCUAUUUUGGUUCAAUGCAAAGGAAAUAUAGAGCGUCUCAUGCUGCAUGAAAUUGGUUUCUCGUUGGGUAUAGUUGAGUGGAUCCAUGAUCACCAUUCAGUUUGUCCAAUAACUGAUUACAACUCCUUGGUACUAACUGGAGCUCCAUCACUGACAUCUAUGGGUUCUGAUGCGAAGCGGAUUGACCUUACACAGAGUCCAUCAGAAAAGACACCGCCUGCUGUUAACAAACAUGACCUGCAUAAUGAAACUGAUGCAUUCAUCGUCAUGGGUGGCUCAGCAGUGCAGUAUUCUGAAAAUAAUUUAUCGCAUCACCUAGCUGAACAAGACAUCGAGAAGGCUGCUCUUGUUAUUGAAUCAAUUAGGCGGGAUGAAUUUGGGUUGGACUCUAAUAUCUCCGACAUGGAGAGUAGUUUGUUGAAGAAGCAACAUGCCCGUUUGGGGCGAGCACUUCAUUGUCUCUCAGAAGAAUUGUAUUCACAAGACUCACAUUUCCUUCUUGAGCUGGUCCAGAAUGCUGAUGAUAAUGUUUACCCUGCAAAUGUUGAACCUACUCUAAGUUUCGUCCUUCAAGAUACCGGAAUUACUGUUCUUAAUAAUGAGGGAGGAUUUACUGCAAAGAAUAUAAGAGCUCUUUGUGAUGUUGGGAACUCUACCAAAAAAGGGUCUUCUGCCGGCUACAUUGGACAAAAGGGAAUUGGUUUCAAAUCAGUUUUCCGGGUUACAGAUGCUCCAGAAAUUCACUCAAAUGGGUUUCAUAUUAAGUUUGAUGUUGGUCAAGGUCAGAUUGGUUUUGUAUUACCAACAAUUGUACCACCUUGUGAUAUUGAGAUGCUUCAAAGAUUGGUACCCGGAAAUGAUAUUCUAAAGGGCUUGAAUUGUUGGAACACAUGUAUAGUGCUUCCUUUCAAAUCAAAAUUACUGGAAGGAACAGCAAUGAGUAGCAUUUUGUCUAUGUUUUCUGAUCUUCAUCCCUCUUUGUUACUUUUCCUUCACCGUCUUCAGUGUAUCAAGCUAAGGAAUGUGCUAAAUGACUCACUGAUUGUUAUGAGAAAAGAGAUAUUAGGAGAUGGUAUCGUUAAAGUAUCUCAUGGAAAAGAGCAGAUGACUUGGUUUGUGGCAUCUCACAAGUUGCAUCCUAAAGUUAUCCGGUCCAAUGUUCAUAUGACUGAGAUAUCCAUGGCUUUGACACUAAAUGAAACAAUGAAUGGCGACUAUGAACCCUUUUUAGGUCAACAGCCUGUGUUUGCUUUUCUUCCAUUGAGAACAUAUGGCCUUAAGUUUAUACUUCAAGCUGAUUUUGUUCUUCCUUCUUCUAGAGAAGAAGUUGACGGAGAUAGCCCAUGGAAUCAGUGGUUAUUGACAGAAUUUCCUGUUUUAUUUGUUAAUGCGGAGACAUUAUUUUGUUCUCUUCCUUGUUUCCGAGAAAAUCCUGCGAAAGCAGUGAGUGUUUAUAUGAGCUUUGUUCCCCUUAGGGGUGAAGUGCAUGGUUUUUUUUCUGGACUCCCUCUGAUGAUUAUUGCUAAACUGCGCCAAUCAAACUGCUUACUUCAGGAUGGGUGCAAGGACAAGUGGGUUCCUCCAUGCAAGGUUCUAAGAGGUUGGAAUGAGCAAGCACAGAUGCUGUUGCCUGACACUUUGUUGUAUGAACAUCUUGGACUUGGGCUUUUACACAAGGAUGUGAAUUUGUCUGAUGGACUUGCUAGAGCACUUGGUAUUGAGGAAUAUGGCCCAAAAAUAUUGGUACAGUUCAUAUCUUCUUUGGGCCGAAUUAAAGAUGGUAUAAAAUCAAUGGGUCUUCAUUGGCUUUUCUCUUUGCUUAAUGAACUUCACAACAUGAUUCACUCUUAUGCACUAAACUUUAAGAAUUCAGGGUCAGAAUCGGAUAUUACAGAUAGCCAAAAAACAAUUCUGAAAAAAGUUCCAUUUAUUCCACUGUCUGAUGGCACGUAUGGUUCUUUAGAUGAUGGAACCAUUUGGUUUCAUACUGACUACAUAAGCACUGGUCUUGAUGGUGAACUUGGUAACGAAGCUUUUCCCUGCUUAUAUGCUACAUUGAGGAUCGUAAGGCCUGCCCUCUUUUCUGAGGCAUCUGGUGAUGUAACUUUAAUUAAUAACUGUACAAAAAUGCUGCGAAAGAUUGGUGUUCAACAGAUGUCGGCUCACGAGCUUAUUCGAGUUCAUAUCUUACCAUCCAUUUCAGAUGACAGAUUGACUGAUAGCAAGCAGUUAAUGAGAGAAUACAUCACCUUUAUAAUGCUUCAUCUGCACUCUAGUUGUGUAGAUUGUCAUAUUGAAAAAGAACAUAUUAUUUCUGAACUAUGCAGUAAAGCUCUAAUUCUAACAAAUCAUGGGUACAAGCGACCGGUUGAGGUGCCAAUUCAUUUUAAUAAAGAAUAUGGAAAUUCUGUUGAUGCAAAGAAAUUGGUAAGUGGUUUGGAUUAUAAAUGGCAUGAAGUUGAUGCCAUGUAUUUGAAGCACCCCCUUACCGAGACAGUGCCACGUAGAUUGAUGAAGUGGAGGGAGUUUUUUCAGAAGUUAGGAGUCACAGAUUUUGUCAAAGUAAUUCCCACUGAGAAAUCUGUUGCUGACUUGUCUCCUACUGUUCUUAGUCAGAUGAUGUGUGACAGACAGCUCAUUUCCCCAGGAUUGAUUGUUAGAGAUUGGGAAUCUCCCGAGCUACUUCACAUACUUACCCAGUUGUCUAAGGAUGGCAGCCAGGAGAGGUGCAAAUAUCUCUUGGAAUCUCUAGAUGAGUUAUGGGAUGAUCAUUUCAGUGAUAAAGUUUUGGGGUGUUGCAGCAGUAAGUCUGGUCUGAAUGACUUAUGUUUCAGAUCUUCGUUCUGGCAUUGCAUAUCUGAUAUUAGGUGGACGGUUUCAAGUGUAUCAAACGAGCUUCACUACCCAAGAGAGUUAUUUUGUGACUGUGAUACCGUCCGUUCGAUUCUUGGUUGUCAUGCUCCAUAUGUUGUACCAAAGGUCAAAAGUGUUAAAUUAUUAACAGAAAUUGGUUUCAAAACUCAAGUUACACUUGAUGAUGUAUUGGAAAUACUUCAAACUUGGAGAACAAUGAAGUGUACAUUAACAGCCAGCUUGUCACAAAUGUCCAAAAUGUAUUCAUUCAUUUGGAAGGAAAUGACAACAUGUAGGGAACAAGUGCUGGAUGCUUUAAAAUCAGGACCCUUCAUAUUCAUCCCCCGUGCCUCUUUCAAACUCUUUGAGGAUGUUGUAUCUGGUGUGCUUCUUUCACCUGAUGAAGCAUACUGGCAUGAUUCUACUGGUGCUUUGGACUGUGGAAAGCAUGUAGAGUUCUCCAUAGAGACUAGUAGCAAGACAUUAUGCUCUAUUUAUCCAGGCCUUCAUGACUUUUUUGUGAAUGAGUGUGGUGUCAAUGAGGCUCCUUCUUUUAGUCAUUACCUUGAGAUUUUGCGACAGUUAUCCAAGAAUUCUUCGCCUCUUCAGUCAGCUAAUGCGGUUUUCCAAGUUCUUCUCAAGUGGUCGGAUGGCCUUAAGUAUGAUGCUUUCAGUUCUGAUAAUGUGUCUUACUUGAAGGAAUGUCUCUUGCAGUCAGAAUUUAGAGUACUUCCAGCAUUGCAAGAUAAGUGGGUUUCCCUACACCCAUCUUUUGGCCUUGUAUGUUGGUCUGAUGAUGAUACAUUAAAGAAAGAAUUUAAGCACUCAGAGAAUAUUGAGUUUCUAUAUUUUGGAGAGCUUACCGAUGAUGAAAAAGAGAUGCUUCAAACUAAAGUGUCUGUACUGUUACAGAACUUAGGCAUACCUGCUCUUUCAAAGAUUGUGUCUCGUGAAGCUAUAUACUAUGGGCCUUGUGAUUGUGGCUUUAAAACCUCGAUGGUGACAUGGGUGCUUCCUUUUGCCCAGCGUUACCUUUAUAAUCUACAUCCAGAAAGAUACAGUCAAGUCAAGCAGUCUGGGUGCGAAUUACAUCACUUAAAAAUUUGUGUUGUUGAAAAGUUGUUCUAUCGUAAUGUCAUAAAGAGGUGUGACUAUUCAUCCAAGAAGAGGACUGAAUGCCACUCCCUGCUUCAGGGCAACGUUCUGUACACAACUCAAGAAUCAGAUUCACACUCUGUGUUUAUGGAACUGUCCCGAUUACUCUUUGAUGGUUCUCCCGAGUUACAUUUGGCCAAUUUCCUUCACAUGAUUGCUACUAUGGCAGAAUCUGGUUCAACUGAAGAGCAAAUGGAAUUUUUCAUCCUUAAUAGCCAGAAGAUGGGAAAGCUUCCCGUUGAGGAGGCUGUCUGGUCCCUUUCUUCUUCUUCUUCGCUGUCCUUGGCCGAGAAUGAUGAAACACUAACUGGAAAUGCCCUUUCAACAGAUAUCAAUGACCAGAUAUCUUCCCAAUCCACGAAAAAGCGAGCACUGUCGAGUUGGCCUCCUGUGAACUGGAAAACAGCACCCGGUUUUAGUUAUUCGAAAAGGUUCAAGACACAACCUGUGAUCAUGGAUCAAAGUGGUAAUCCAAGUGCAGGUGAGGGUUAUUUUGAGGGCUCGGUACAGGAGGAAGCUGAAGUGACUUUAACUAACAUAAACGAAGAUGUUGUUAUUGAAGAUGAUGGAGUCGUAGGACCUGAUUCAUCUGUUUUCCCUCAAUUUGAAAAUCAAAAUGAAUUUAUAAGCAACAUAGCGAAUCCUACCAAUAUUCUGGUUGAGUCCCUUUGCCCAGAAGAGGGUCAAUCAAAAAGCAGAGAUCAGGCUAAUACUCCGGGUGCACAGGAAGCAAUGAGAAUUGGUCGAGUUGGAGAGAUGGUGGCUUCCAGAUACUUUGAAGGAAAAGCUGAUGGAACAACAAAAGUGGAUUGGGUGAAUCGAGAUAAGGAGACAGGAUUGCCAUAUGACAUUAUAAUUGGUGAUAAACAGAAGCAGGAAUACAUUGAAGUGAAAGCUUCUCGAUAUUCUAAGAAAGACUGGUUUGUCAUAUCAACACGAGAGUGGCAAUUUGCAGCAGAGAAAGGGGAUUCUUACAGCAUAGCAUAUGUUGUUCUAUCUGGUCAGAAUCUUGCCAGGAUCAUGAUUUAUAAGAAUCCUGUAAAACUCUGCCAACUCGGAAAGCUACAGUUGACUGUUACCAUUCCAAGAUCAUAUCAAGAAUCCUCUCAGUGAGUGAUGUUCUCAUCUCUUUCUCUAAGAUACAAGAUCUCCAAUAGCAGAGCGGAUUGUAAUAGUUAAAGCUAUGCUUUAGAAUUCUUUUUGUAUCACUUUGUAACAUGGCUCUAGGAGCCUUUUUUGUUUGUUAUUAAAUAUGUAAAUACAUAGUUUUGACUGGUAGAUGAAAAGCUAUAUGGAAAUUCCUGCAUUGAUGCAUAA